AUACGAUUCAAUGAUGGGUACUCAUUUUCGGUGCAUUGUACCGCAAAAGUUUAAAGAUUUUCAAAAAGGUCGUAUGUUUUUCGAAUGACGUAUUACAUCUGAGCGAACGGCCUUGAACGAAGGUGUCGUCUGCAGGCCAAUAUCUUCUUAUGCAAUUUUUGACCGGCUCUUUUUUUUCUGAUAAGAUCUUGAUCUGAAAUUUUGACUGUCUUGUUUCGUUUCGAAUAUUUAUUAAAACAAAAUGGCACUUAGUAUUUUGAGGUAUAAUCGGGUGCUCGGUGCAUCCAAACAUAUGAAAAAUAUCGCCAGUGUUAUUAACAUCAGAAUGGCUGAAUUUUGUCGGGGACCAUGUAACCUCUCAAAGGAAUCUAACAAGGGUUAUCGAAUAGAAAGGGACACUUUUGGAGAGUUGAAAGUCCCAAACGACAAGUAUUAUGGAGCCCAAACACUCAGAUCGGUUCUCAACUUCCCUAUUGGAGACAGUUCAGAGCGCAUGCCGUAUGCAGUUAUAUGUGCAAUGGGAAUUCUGAAGAAAGCGGCUGCGGAGGUAAACAAAGACUAUGGUCUUGACCCAAAAAUUGCAGAUGCAAUUAGCAAGGCAGCCGAUGAGGUCAUUAGUGGGAAGUUAUACAACGAUCAUUUUCCAUUGGUGAUCUGGCAGACCGGAUCUGGUACCCAAACCAACAUGAACACAAAUGAGGUGAUCGCUAACCGAGCGAUUGAAAUGUUGGGGGGAGAGCUCGGCUCCAAGAAGCCUGUGCAUCCUAACGAUCACGUGAACAAAUCACAGAGUUCCAAUGACACAUUCCCAACCGCAAUGCACAUCGCUGUCGCCUUAGAAAUCAACAAAAUUUUAUUACCUGGUCUGAAAGAACUGCAUAAGGCAUUGAGUGCAAAAGCAGAAGAAUACAAGCACAUCAUUAAAAUUGGCCGCACUCACACCCAAGACGCUGUACCUUUGACUUUGGGUCAAGAAUUUUCAGCAUACGCACAACAGAUUGAAUUUGGCAUACAGAGAGUUCAAGAUACAUUGCCGAGGUUGUACAUGCUGGCUCUGGGGGGAACCGCAGUUGGUACAGGGUUGAAUACUUACAAGGGAUUUGCAGAGAAAUCUGCGGCGAAAAUUGCAAGCCUCACCGGACUGCCUUUUGUGACAGCGCCGAACAAAUUUGAAGCCUUAGCUUGCCACGAUGCCAUUGUCGAGGUGCACGGUGCUCUGAACACUGUAGCCGUGUCCAUAAUGAAGAUCGCGAACGACCUACGAUUUCUGGGUAGCGGACCUCGUUGCGGACUCGGUGAAUUAUCGUUACCUGAAAACGAGCCCGGAAGUUCUAUAAUGCCUGGUAAAGUGAAUCCUACUCAGUGCGAGGCAAUUACGAUGGUGUGCGCUCAAGUGAUGGGUAACCACGUCGCCACUUCUAUCGGAGGAAGCAACGGGCACUUUGAACUCAACGUCUUCAAACCGGUUAUGGUUGCCAAUACGUUGAGGUCUACCAGACUCCUGGGAGACGCUGCGUCGGUAUUUACAAAGAAUUGCGUCCAAGGAAUUGUCGCUAAUACAGACAAUAUUAAAAAGAUUAUGAAUGAGAGUUUGAUGCUGGUCACCGCACUCAAUCAUCACAUCGGCUAUGAUAGGGCUGCUGCGAUUGCCAAGCAAGCGCAUAAGGAGAAGUUGACCUUGAAAGAAUCUGCAUUGAAGAAUGGUUUGACCGCUGAACAAUUCGAUGCAUGGGUAAAGCCUGAAGAAAUGCUUGGACCGAAGUGAAGCAAAGUCAGCAAUAAAAGACUGUAAUUGAAAUUUGAUUACCAGCAUUAUGUCCACGAUAACUGCACUCAACAUUGGCUGGAUUUUUUCUUUUCUCCCAUAUUGUACAUUUUGUUAAAUAAUAUUUGAAACCGACCUGUAUUAUUUCAUACUUUAUUUGCUGAAUAAAGUAUAUAAUCGUACGACAGUGCA